UAUCGUAGUUAUCAUUGUUUCUAGCUUGGUUCAUAAUUAUUACUUUAUAAUGUCUGAUGUCAAACGAAUCAUUGUCUUUGGGGCAACUGGUCAAACAGGAUUAAAGAUUCUGAAGAUAGCAUUAGAGGAAGGUCUUGAAGUCACAGCUUUUGUUCGCACUCCUUCCAAGAUACCAGAAAAUAUCAGAAACAGACUUUAUAAAGUGGUGAAAGGAGAAGUGAAGGAUAAAGAAAUUAUUGAGGAUGCAAUUCAAGGGCAUGAUGCUGUAUUAUCUGCGCUUGGCGGAAAACUAAAAAUAGGAGCCAGCGACAAGAUAAUGUCAACGGGGGUUGCAAAUAUAAUUGGUGGAAUGAAGAAACACAACGUGCGAAAUUUGAUUGUCGUCAGUGGAGGAUUGCAGUUACCAUCCCACGCUAUACCCAAAUUUUUUUUGAGUUUCUUUGUCGGUGAACUAGCUGAUCACUCUGCAGUGAUUAAGCUAUUAGAAAACGCAUCAGAUGACAUUGACUGGAUAGCAGUGGCUCCUCCUUUUAUUAAAGAUAGCGAUGAAAUUGAACCUGAUUACAUGGUUGCAAUAAAUGCGAUGCCUGGGGUUUCCAAUGUAACUUCUGCUGAGAUUGCUGACUUCAUGAUCAAAAUCAUAACAGACAAAAAUAAGCAGGAAACAUACAAGCAUGCGAAAGUUGGAAUUUCAUCUCGAGCUUCAACUAGUUUUAAAGCACCGAUUGCUAUAUUGCUCCUUGCUUUGGCUGCUGGUUCCAUCAUGUAUUACACACAAUGAAGGUUUUAGAUGAUUCAGUAGUGUUUCUAAAGAUUCAAUUUGGUACAAUAAACUCUUUAUUACACGACUGACAUUACAUACAUGAUACAUGUCAAUCAUUUUGUGUUUCAAUCUUCAAUCAUUAAGGUGUAAAAGCAUUCAAUAUUUUAUUCUAACAUUUCUAAUCUUUGAAUUACUAAUUGAAAAGCUUCUUAUUUCAUUAGAGUACAAUCUUGUACAAAACUUCUUUCUCUCUAUACAGAAUGUUUAACAAUUAAAUGAAGCAAUAUUUUUUGAAUUAUUAUUUUGACAAUAACAAAGAAACCGUUUAUGAUACUAAAUCUUUACAAUAAUUACCGUAGUAAUUUCCAUUCCCUAAUCUGGUUUUAAAGAAAAGUUUAAUAUUGAAAAAUCCACUAUUGUCUAAAUAUGAAAAUAAAUAAAUAAAACUCAAUUUUGUGAUCGUUAAUGUACUUUUUUAUGCCUUUUAAUAUUCGUAAACAUGUAGGCAUGGAAAGAUAAAAUGAAUUUAUUGAUUCAUACCACAGCAUUUAUAAUAAAUACAGCAUGUUUUGGUUAUGUUUAACACAAUUCUGUUAAUUUUCGCGGCGUAAGUUACUUGUUAUAAAUGAAUAUUUUUUCUUUCAUAAUUUCAUAAUCAUGAUCCAUUUAUUAAGCAAUUAUAAAAAGUAAUUGUACUACAUAUAUAUGGUUUUUUCCACUUUUCACAGUAAAAUAAAACUUGUUUAUACCUUU